AUGAUGGGGGUCUUUGGGGCUUAUGUUGGAUUCCUUUUCUUGUCGGUGUUGUAUAUUCAGCAAGGACUUUCUUCUCAAGCCAAAUUUACUGAAUUCCCUCGAAAUGUCACAGCCACGGAGGGGCAGAAUGUGGAGAUGUCGUGUGCAUUCCAGAGUGGCUCUGCCUCAGUGUAUCUGGAAAUCCAGUGGUGGUUUCUGCGGGCAGCUGAGGACCAAGAGCCCGGAGCAGAGGUGACCGGCACUCAGGUGGAGCUCUUACCAGAGAGAGAUCUGGACAAUGACGGAACAAAAAUAAGCACAGUGAAAGUACAGGGGAACGACAUCUCCCACAAGCUGCAGAUCUCCAAAGUCAGGAAAAAGGACGAGGGGUUGUACGAGUGCAGGGUGACAGACGCCAAUUACGGGGACCUCCAGGAGUACAAAGCCCAGGCCUAUCUCAAGGUCAGCGCCAACAGCCACUCCCGCCGGAUGCAGGCCUUCGAAGCGUCUCCGAUGUGGUUGCAGGAUAAGCCUCGCAAGAACAUCUCUGCGGCGGUUCCCAGCAGCAUCCACAACUCUGCCAGCCAGCGCAUGCGCCCCACGUCUAGCCCUCCAGCAGAUGCCAAAGUCCCUAAACAAAGCCCACAAUCAGCAAAGAGCAAAUCGCCUGUAAAACCUACGGAGCGGACAGCAAAGUUGACCCUAACUUCCAACCACCACCCUGCACCCAAUGUACUCUAA